GUAUUUAGUAUUUCUUUCUUUAGUUUCUUACACCGAAAACCAUACACUGUUCAUUUUGAAUAAUCAAAUAUAAAAGUGAACCCACCACCACCACCUCCUCCUCCCACACCCACACAGAGAGAACCCAAAAGAGAAAAUCAUGUCUUCCUUUUCUUCUCCUGCUUCGUGAACUCAAUUUAAUGUGGGCUUGGAGUCCGCUCUGUGUGUGAGAAAAAGAGAGAGAGAAAGCCCAAAAAGGUUGAAAGAGUAGUGAUUGAUGAUAAUGAAGAAGGUGGUUUUCUGCUUUUUCUGACCAGACCUACCUUUUCUUCUUCUUCUUCUUCUUCUUCUUCUGCUCUGCUUGAUCUCUCUUUGUAAUUUGCAAACCCAAAGGAGAGAACAGAAGAACCCAGAAAGGAUUGUGCUCUGUUUGUCUCUGCAGAGCUGGUUUUUGAGAUCUUUGGCUUGCUAUAAUCAAGCAAUGGAGCAGCUUUGACUUUGACCAGCUGAAGCUCAGAUUAUCUGGUUUUUUUUUAUUGGUGUGAUCGAUUAUUUUGGGUGGCAAGUGAGUCACAAUUCUUUUCUUUUGUGGGGCAGCUCUUGGUACAACCCAUGUGGAAAAUCAGAGGAUUUUGAAGGAGAUACAUAAUUUAUUUUCUUGUGCACAAGUAGGAAUGUCAUUCCGUAGCAUAGUUCGUGAUGUUAGGGAUGGAAUUGGAAGCCUAUCUAGACGGGGUUUUGAAGUCCGGCUGAUGGGCCAUCAUAGAGGAAAAUCUCAUGGAUCAUUAAAUGAUUUGCAUGACCCGCCUCUUGUUGUUCAGAACAGUCGUUGGGCUAGCCUCCCACCAGAACUAUUGUAUGAUGUAAUCAGGAGGCUGGAAGAGAGUGAGAGCACAUGGCCUUCUCGAAAGCACGUUGUUGCAUGUGCUUCAGUUUGCCGUUCUUGGAGAAUGAUGUGCAAAGAAAUUGUUAAGAGUCCUGAGAUCUGCGGGAAGCUUACUUUUCCAGUUUCACUGAAGCAGCCAGGUCCACGGGAUGGACUCGUUCAGUGCUUCAUUAAAAGGGAUAAAUCUAAUCUAACAUACCACCUGUAUUUAUGUCUUAGUCCUGCUUUGCUAGUUGAAAAUGGAAAGUUCCUUCUUUCGGCAAAGAGGACUCGACGAACUACUUGUACAGAAUAUGUUAUUUCUAUGGAUGCUGACAACAUUUCAAGAUCAAGCAACACUUAUAUUGGAAAGCUAAGAUCAAACUUUCUUGGCACAAAAUUCAUCGUAUAUGAUACGCAGCCUGCAUGCACUUCUGAGCACAUUACGCCCCCAGGACGGACGAGCCGUAGGUUUACUUCCAAAAAGGUCUCCCCAAAAGUCCCAACUGGCAGCUACAACAUUGCUCAAAUAACCUAUGAGCUAAAUGUGUUAGGCACUCGUGGCCCACGAAGGAUGCAUUGCAUGAUGCAUUCUAUCCCGGUAUCUUCUCUUGAUGUGGGAGGUACUGUCCCCGGCCAACCGGAACUCCUUUCCCGCUCCCUAGAAGAUUCAUUCCGAAGUAUCUCUUUCUCAAAGUCUCUCGACCACUCAGUUGAGUUCAGUAGUGCACGGUUUUCUGAAAUUGGUGGGCCGCGGGAUGAUGUGGAGGAUAGCAAAACAAGACCAUUGGUUUUGAAAAACAAGCCCCCACGAUGGCACGAACAAUUACAGUGUUGGUGCCUAAACUUCCGAGGCCGGGUAACUGUUGCUUCUGUUAAGAACUUUCAGUUGAUUGCUGCAAUUCAGCCUGCACCAAGUGUUGGUGCACCUACUCCAUCUCAGCCAGCACCCCCUGAGCUUGAUAAGAUAAUACUGCAGUUUGGCAAGGUCGGUAAAGAUAUGUUCACUAUGGAUUAUCGUUAUCCUUUAUCUGCAUUUCAGGCUUUUGCAAUUUGCCUGAGCAGCUUUGACACCAAAUUGGCUUGUGAAUAGAGAAAAGAAUAAAUGGAUAGAUGGUAAGCAGCAGAAGAGACUAAUGGCAAGCAUUCUGUUCACGUUUUUUUUUCCUUGUUGUUUGUGUACCUUGUCUUUCAAGUUUUUAUUAGGAUAGGAAAUUGGUUGUUCUGUUGUAAAACUCAAUUGCUGCCCGGGUAACAGGGUAUAACAUCGUUUUGAUACCACAUCCUAGUGUUGUUACCCAUGACCUUCUGUCAAUCAAUUCAUUAAUGUCCAUCUGCAUUUGUCUGUUCA